AUGGAUUACACAGAUGUUUCUGCGGUGUUAGCGUUCUACACUGUGCUGAAGACGAGAAGCCGAGCCUCUGCGGCUGUAGAAGAUCUACGACGAAAGAUUGCUGCCGAGCGGCGCCGCUGGGAGUGGGCAAGGUUGAUAAGAGUUCGCCAUUACCUGACGCUGGAUUGUAUCAAGAAACCUGAGGAAUCGCCGUGGAUGGAUAAGGUGAACACACAAUAA